UCGAGGAGGAGGAGGUGGCGGAAAGUUGUGAGACUUUCGCUUCGUGAAUAAAGUUAAAAACUUGUAGUUAAAGUCAUUGAGGUGGUAGCUGUCGGACUCUAUGACUCGACUGGAAACAAACACAUUUAUCAUCUGUCGCCGUCAUACCGUGAAACAUGGAGGAUCCAAACAAACAUCAGAGGAAAAUGUCAACAGCAGGAGAGAGCUUGUACCAAGUCCUGGGCCUGGAGAAAGGAGCAUCACCCGACGAGAUUAAAAAGGCCUACAGGAAACUGGCACUGAGGCAUCACCCCGAUAAGAACCCAGACAACCCUGAAGCUGCUGAGAAAUUUAAGGAGAUCAACAAUGCCAACUCCAUCCUCAGCGAUGAGAACAAGCGUAAGAUCUACGACGAGUACGGGUCUCUGGGCCUGUACGCCGCCGAGCAGUUUGGUGAUGAAGGCGCCAAAUAUUAUUUCCUCAUGUCCAAGUGCUGGUUCAAGGCCCUGUUUGUGUUCUGCACCAUAAUCACCUGCUGCUGCUGUUGCUGCUGCUGCUGCGGCUGCUGUGGGAGGUGCAGAUCUGCGUCGGACGAGGACAACUUUGUCUACAUGGACCCUGAGGAUCUGGAGGAGACGGAAGAACAGGAAGCAGCAGGAGAUCGUGUGCCAGUAAUAGUUUUACAGCCGGGUCCUACGGAAACAUCAGCUGAAAAUGCACCGGUUCUGGUUCAGCCUCGUGCAGCCAACGGCACCUCCGGCCCUGGAGAGACGUCUGACGCUGCGUCAGCUGUCGAGUGAACAGACGGAUCCAUCAACAAGUCUGUGACCGGACCACAUCCCAGUCUGGACUUCAGAACAGGGCAGGUCUUCACCAGCAGCUCAACAAUUAGUUUCAAACAAACAAACAAAUCGUAACGAAGUGAAAACAUUCCAAUCAGAUCUUCUGUGUUUACA